AUGUCUCCUUUAACCCCCUUGUUCAUCGCCAUAGAUACCUUCCGAGGCACGGACGAUUUCGAGUACAAGUCGUUCGACCUUGUCACGGAUCGCAACAAUCUGCGUAAGCUUCUUCGAUGGACGCAGGGCUCCGCAAAAGACUUCCGAAUUGAUAUCGACUUGGCGGGUGAUACCUGCCUCUUCACGCGAACGGAGGCGAUGGACCACGAAUGGAUAGAUUACUUCUGUGGGUAUGGCCACCAGUACAAAAUGGCGGCUACGAAGUUGCCCAGACGCUGGGAGGCUGCUGCGUCCCAUUACCGGAUAAUAUCUAUGAAAUUCGGAGACCUCAACAUCUUGCUCCGUUCUGCAGUUGAUGCUUGUACGGGAGAGCAGAGCGUCGAGUCGUUGACUAGUUCAUUCUCGGCGCUCGGCUCUUCCGACGGGACGAGUAGCGAUUCGGCGGAUCGCGUGGUGUCGGGCGUGUCCGUCAAGCAGAGCCACCCACGCGAGCUCGUCCCGCAGUCUUCGCUGAUCGAGCUGAAGACUCGUUCCGUACGCAAGGAAAUGGAUUGGGAUGAAGUAUUCCCUCAGUUGUAUCUGUCGCAGACUGCUUGGCUCCACAUCGCCCGCCACGAGAGGGGCAAAUUCUCCGCGCCGGAGAAGGUGGAGCUCAGCAGUCCGCAGAUGCUCGCUCACGCCAAAGAGGCGGAGGAGAGCACGAUGGGAAUGCUGAAGAAGACUCUCGAGGAAGUGCUAGUCGUCGUCAGACGCGAAGGAGAGGGCACACCUCUAUGCUUGACGUGCAUCGGAGGAAAGCUGAGCCUGUACAAGAGAAAGCUAGGGACGGGAAAAAACCAUCGAUGA